AUUUUGGAGGCUGAGAAACUUUCCCAUGAUGUUUGCUGACAUCACAUCCUCCCCAAAAAGCACUAUGUCCUAUCAAGCCAGACCCGCAAAUUCAUCUUUGCUCUGCUGCGCCUUUCUUGAGAACAGUCAGCACAAGGAGAUAAUGGCCAGAUUCGUUUCUUUGCUGUUUUUUCUCAGUCUGAACUUGUGCUGCUGCAGGUCCCAGGACCAGGGAAGCAAAAUGAGUGUGAAGCUCCGCAGCGGCGGUAGCCCCCUUGCCCUGGGAGCCCCGGUGGAGCUGGAGUGUGUGAUCUCAGGCCCUGGGCUGUCCGACAGUGGCGUGUCCUGGAUGCGCCAGCACAGGCAGUCAGCCCCCCAGUUCAUCUUGUUCGUUACCUCCCUCGGCCGGGUGGCACCGACGGACAAUGGAAAAGCACCCGCACGCUUUGACGCAAAAAGAGAAAACAAAAACUACAGACUGACCGUGAAGUCCUUCCAGGAGCAGGACCAGGGCAAUUAUUACUGCAUCAUCAACCACAACCAGAGGCUGCACUUCAGUUCUGGGAUCCCACUCCACCUGCCAGCACCCUCCACCACAGCCCCCACUACGAAGGCGACCACCCCCGAGCUCAGCACCACCACCGGCAGCAAGGAACCCUGCAAACACUCCCCGAACACAGCGAAAGCCCCAAAGAAGGGGCUGGGUUUAUCCUGUGACUUUUACAUCUGGGUCCCCUUAACCAGCGCCUGCCUGCUCCUCCUCAUUGCCCUGCUGGCCACCAUCACAGUGUGUCAAAAAACCAGAAGACGAAGAUGCAAAUGUAAAAGGCCUAUGAAUGGGAGCAAUGGAAAACCCAGCAUGCCAAACAGAUACGUGUAACGUGACUGAGCCAUUUGCAUCUGGAUCUCCAAACAGGAGCUGUCACUGCAUAAACAAACCAUACGUCCAUUUGGAUUACUGAUUCUCGCCCUCGCUUUAUUUUUUAAAAUGUUCUUGUACUUUCUAUUCUGUUAAGUUUUAAAAGGCAAAUUCUUCAAAAAGAGCGUAUAGAUAAUGCUGGACACCAGCCACUUUCUACAUCAGUUCUAUUGCCUGGAUUUUAAAAUGUAGUUCCCUCCAAAAUUUUCUUGGUUGAAUCUUUCAAACUGGUUUCCAAGUCAUUAAAAAGAAAAAUAUGCCAAAUGACAUAGUCCAUAACUCUAGCAAAGCCCCCACUUACUGAAGUCUGCGGCACAAAUCCUGAGAUUUUUAUUGUCCUUACUCAGAUAUAUACCAAUUGACUUCAACAGCUAAGUAAAGACCUCAACAUUCAGUCUGUUGGGAAUUUUGCCUGCAUAAAAACCGAGUAAAGACUGCCAGAUUAGGCCUGCCACGACAAAGUGUAUGAUCCGCAGCAACUGAAGUCAGUGAAAAGCUCUCAUUCACUUCAGUGAUGCAGGACUGGGGCCUUCGUGAAGACAUUUUUAUUUGUGAUGCUGCCUACAAUGGGGAAAGGAGAUCAAAGGUAUUUAAUCUAAUGAGCAUCCCAAUGCCAAGCUAACUGGUAGUGGGGCAUUAGCACAAGCUAAUUUUAAUUUUUUAAUUUUAAAAUGGGGCAAAAGGCCAGAUAAGUUUGAACAAUCACAGAGU